GAAACAUCUCUUCCCUAUCUCCUGUGUUCACCAAGUCAAGCGGCUGAGUCGGGCAGCCGCAGCGUAUACCGUUUGGACUUCCGUCCCCUUCUAGUAUGUGAUCUCCGUCCUACCUCGAACCGCCUCGAAACCGCCAUGGCCACCUCCGUCAUUGAUAUCCAACGAAGCAUCAUACUAGACACCCUUCGGGCGACCAGCGGACGAGACUGGAAGGUAUUGGUCUUGGAUGAACAGAGCAAGCGGCUGGUGUACAAUGUUACAAGAGAAGAUGAUAUCCUCAACGCCAACAUCACAAACAUCGAACAGCUUGAAGACCGCAGGCAGACACUCUCCGACACAGACGCAAUCUACCUGCUCUCCCCACAACCACACAUCGUCGAAUGCCUCAAGGCUGAUUUGAGUCGGAAAAGAUAUCGUCGGUCACAUCUGAUCUGGACAUCACAGUUACCACGUGCACUGGGGGAAGAGAUCUUCCGGUCAGAAUCACGGGCACGCCUCAUUGCCGAGAACCGGACACUGAACAUCGAAUUCUUCCCUCGAGAGUCGAACCUAAUCACCUUUCGAGAGCCAUGGAGUUUCCAUCUUCUCUUCCACCCGGCCUGCGACGGUCUGGUUAAGAACCAUCUGGACGCAUUGACUCAGAAGAUUGUUUCAAUAUGUGUCUCCCUCGGAGAAUACCCCCUCAUCAGGUUCUACAAGCCCAGGGAAAGCGAGCGGCACCCUGCAGACGUUCUCUGUUAUCAUCUCGCCAGCUUUGUGCAAGCGGCACUGGACAACUACGCUCGCGAUGAACGGAACAACUUCCCUCCACAAAACCAGUCUACCCGACCUCGAGCCGUGCUCCUGAUCACCGACAGAUCCAUGGAUCUGAUGUCUCCGUUUGUUCACGAGCUGACAUAUCAGGCAAUGGCUAUGGACCUAUUGCCCAUCAGAGACGACGAGGAUAAAAUCACAUACAGGAAUAUCAUCAGACGAGGUCAACCCGACCAGGAAGAAAAAGACGUGGAGAUCACCGACAAGGAUAAUCUCUGGCUCGCCCACCGACACAUGCACAUGAAGGAUCUCCUCGUGGAACUCAGUGAAGCGUUCAGGAAGUUUCAAGCGAAGAACCCUCAAUUCGCCGACAACGAUGGCCAACCUGCAAGCAUCAAUACAAUCAAGGACAUGUUAGCGGGACUCCCAGAGUUCCAAGAAGGCAAGGAAGCGUUCUCCUUGCACAUCGACAUGGCGGAACGAUGCGCCAAAAUCUUUGCAGACCACAAACUCCUAGACGUAGUGUCUGUUGAACAAUCACUGUCUACGGGAACCGACGAAGACAACAGGAAGCCCAAAAAUUUGGCAGACCAGCUUGUCCGGCUACUGGACGAUGAUAGUGUCAUCCACGAAGACCGGGUCAGGUUGUUGAUUUUGUACAUACUGUACAGACAUGGCGUUCUGCGAGGCGAUAUUGAGAAACUACGUUGUCAUGGCCAACUAUCUCCCAUGGAUGGGGAGAUCAUUUAUAACCUGAUCACGCUCGGCGCCAGGGUCGAGAAGCAACUAAAAGACACGGUCAUGCCUCCCCCACCGAUCUUCCCACCUCGCCAACGAGAAAUCAACAACAAUAACGAAGAAGUCAGUCUGUCAAGGUUUGAACCUGCCUUAAGAUACAUGCUCGAAGAGCAGUGCCAGGGCACCUUGGACCAGACCGUGUUCCCGCCGCUCAAACCUCACCUCAACGACCCAAAUAGCCAGGUCAUGGUAUCUCAAACGUCACUCAGAAACGCAGGAAAACCCACCUGGGCACAGACACGCUCUCAAUCGAACAAACCUCGUCAACGCAUCAUUGUAUUCAUGGGCGGCGGCGCCACGUACGCCGAAGCACGCGCGUGCUACGAAGUAUCCCGCCUGGCUGGCAAGGAAAUCUUCCUGGCGACGACACACAUGAUCACACCCAAAAACUUUCUGAGACAGGUGAGCCUCCUCAGUUCCGGGAGAAAGCAACUAGAUCUCCCUGUCGACCGAGCGCAGCCGAAGUUACCAGCCUGGAUGUCCGAACCGCCUCCGCAGGCGCUGCAGCCGAAGCCACAAGCACCAAACGGGAGCACUAGGCCGCCUGAUAACAUGAGGCCGCCGACAGAAGCGAUGCAGCGGAUGAAUAUUAGUGGUGGGAGAUCGGAGAACGGUGUACGUCCAGGCGUGGGGACGGUCCCGUCGCGGCCUCAGCAGCCGAGCCCAGCACCGGCGCCGUAUCAGUUUCCCUCGACGUCGAGCGACAGUCAUGGCAAGCUGAAGAAGGAGAAGAAGCACCAUCUGGGCUUGUUCAAGAAGCAUUAGCGCAUGCUUCAUGGGAAGUAGAAUUGGAUGCCUGUUGGCUUGACUUGACUGGACUUAGCGUGGCGUCGGCGUUGACAUGUAGGCAUCAGCCAGAGGUUGUGGAUAGGCAUGUAGGCUUUGUAGCCGGUAUGAGGUUUUUGCAGCAUAGCGUGGAUAUACCUUACGCACUCGCACGAGCCUGUGGUUGUGGCACAGGAUCAACAUAGAUUCAGCUGUUCGGCCCAAGAUACUUCUCCAGAUCAGGC